UGCAGAGCUGACUUUCAGCCAGCAUGUCUCCGGGCAGGAGGGUGCCCCGUCUGUGCAGCGCUCUGCUCUCCCGCACACUGCCCCCUGCUGGCGGUGCGGCCACUUUCCUCUCCUGCAGGCACCGUCUCCUCCUGCUGCGAACUGUCAAUCACUCAGACUGCCCUGGGGGAGGCAGCAAGGAUGACGGACAGGGGUCUCAGGAGGCAGCACAGGUCCCAGGAUCUGCCAGUGGCAGGCUGCUCAGGAGGGCAUGGGGCAGAUCAUUGUCUCCUCUGGACAGGGUCAGUAGGAUGAUCCAUCCUGAGUUCAUCUCCAAAGAGGUCCAGGAUCUGCAGGGACCAGAACUGUCCAGUCCACAAGGUGAAGGGUUGUUGAAGCAGGUCGAUCCACUCCCAUCUCUAGAAAACAUCUUCCAAGGAGAGCUAGAGGAUGUUAGAGGAGUCUCGGCACCACAAGAGGGGAAAGAGCAGUUCACUCCACCGCAAUCAUCACCUUCUCCUCCACCAAGGGCUUUGCACUUAGAGCCAGAAGAUUUUGGAACUAUGGCACCGCCACAGGUCAAGGAGGCUGCAGAGAAGACUUAUCAACCACAACCCCCAACAUCCCCUCUGUCAUCCACCUCCCUUACUGCCCCAGAAGCAGACAGUGACCUCUCACCUUCUCAGGGUGAACCGUUCAGACCAGGGGAUCUGCUGCUGGCAGAGUACAAGAGAAGACACUACUCCAUGUUCAAGAAGAUGUUCCUCCUAAAACAACAUGGCAAACUCAUCAGCAACUGGGGGGCCAUAUGUUACCAGGACAUAGUGGGAAAGCUGCCGGGACAGACGCUCCAGACUUCCACCGGACACAAGUUCAUGCUGAGAAGACCCUCAAUGGAGGAAUAUGUCCUCUUCAUGAAGAGGGGGCCCACUAUUGCCUAUCCAAAGGACAUCACAGCCAUGAUGAUGGUAAUGGACAUCAGUCCGGGGGAUGUGGUAUUGGAAGCCGGUUCUGGUUCUGGAGCGUUCAGUCUGUUUUUGUCGCGUGCAGUGGGCUCGGACGGCUGCGUGUACAGCUUUGAUGUGCGCGCCGACCACCACAAAGUCUCAAAGCAGAAUUUUUCGACUUGGAGGAAAGCGUGGCAGGUUCGGAGAGGUCGGACGUGGCCGGAUAACGUGCAUUUCAUCAACAAGAGUAUCAUGGACGCUUUGCCUGACAUUGAAUCUGUUGCACUUGAUGCCGUUGUUCUGGACAUGUUAAACCCACAAAUGGCACUGCCAGUGAUCACGGGAAACCUCAAGCAGGGAGCUGUGUGUGCGGUGUACAUAGCCAAUAUCACGCAGGCUGUUGACCUCCUGGAGGGGAUUCGGUGCUGUAAGCUUCCUCUGAUGUGUGAAAAGGUCAUAGAGGUCGGUGUCACGGACUGGCUGGUGGCGCCAUCUGUAAGUAAAGAUGGCAGAAUUUCCAAGAGGGCGGAGCCUCAUACACUGGAACCACUUGAAGAGGAAGAUGGUGAUGAUGAUGAAACAGAUGAGGAUGAUGACCACCCAGAUAGAUCACAGGCAUUUGGACAAGUGCCUUAUAUUGCUCGACCUCGGCCUUGGCAAACAGGACACACAGCUUUUCUUGUGCACCUGAGGAAAUUUAAAGCAGCACCACCAACACAUGAAGACGAUUCCAACUGAUGCUGAGGACCUUUAUUAUGACGUGUACAUAGUUCAUUUAUAUAAUAUGCAGCAUACUGUGACCCAAAUAAAGUUAACACAUUACCCCCCCCCCACUCUUUGGAUUAAAACUUUUAUUACUAUUAUAAAUAUACUGUAACCUUCAUUAUUUCACAUGCAGCCAAAUCUACUCGCUGUGUGAGAACCACUCCAUGGACUUGUCUUGGGAUCUGGAGCUUCCUCUGGUCACAUUUUCUUGAUUAACUGAA